AUGGCUGCGCCAGUGGGGAUAUUACGAAAUACUAACCAGACGCAACAGGGUAAACCAUCUACAUUAGUUGCUCCUUUUUCCGAUAAUUCAGAUUCGGAACAAGAGGGAAUCAAUAGUGCUGAUUAUGGCCAAGAGUAUGAAACUGAGCCUGAAGGUGACUUGAACACCGAAGAGGCACAAGAAACUUUGCAACAUGAAACUUUAAUAAAAUCCGGAUACCUUGCCAAAAAACAAGAAAGACGGAAAGUAGGGAACAAGAAUUGGAAACGGAGAUGGUUUGUGUUAAGGUCAACAAAGUUAGCUUAUUACAAAAGUGAGAAGGAAUAUGAACUUUUGCGAAUUUUGGAUUUGAAUGAUAUUCAUACGGUUGCUGAGGUGAAACUGAAAAAUAGGUCCAAUGUGUUUGGUAUUGUUACACCGAAGCGUACAUAUUAUGUUCAAGCGGGAAGUAAACGAGAGCUUGAUGAAUGGGUAGAUGCAAUAAAUAAAGUCAAGAAGGAAGUUCAAGACAGUGAGCUUUUUGAUGAUGAAGGAAGUCAGGCUGACGCCGAAGAUAUGGUGACAAAAGAAAAAAAAACUAAGCGCCUCACUUCUCAUUUAAAAUUUGAAUCUUCAAUGCAAGCUUUGGAUAAACAAUCUACCAAAGCCUCCGUAAAUGAAACAUCUGCCAUCGAUAUUCCAAAUUCACAAGUUCAAUCAGCAGAAUAUGGUGAAGGUGGAAAUUCAUAUGUAUCGGUUUCCUCUCUCACGUCCGGGGGUUCCAUUCCUAAUGUAUCAUCUUUACCGUCAAGUCCAGUAGCUGCUCAAUUUUCAGCCGAAAGAAAGGACAGCAGUGAUCCUACUGCUAGUUCUGAAGAAGAGGAGGGAGGCUUUAUUGAUGUAAUGGGAGAGGAUACUACUGAUGAUAGUCGCGAAAUCCAAAAAGGAUAUUUAUAUAAACUUGAUAGAUAUAGAACAACUUGGAAAAAGAGAUGGUUUGUGUUAAAUAACACGAAACUAGCAUAUUACAAAGACCCUAAGGAUAAACGUCCUCAUUUAAAUAUUAACCUUGCGGAUAUUCUGGAUGCCAUCGAAACUGAUUCUCUCUCUAAAUCAAGACAAUAUUGUUUCAAGAUAAUUGCUCCUAAACGAACAUAUAUUUGUUGUGCUCCUAAUGAAAAAUCUCAAGUCACAUGGCUGGCCGCUCUACAAGUAGCGUUAACAAAAACAAAGGAGAAGCUAAAAGCAGAAUCUUGA